CAUCAGAAUCUGCUGUGUUUAUUUUGCCAUCACGCCGUCGUCUUUCAAAACACAACACACGAAUGAACGCUCCGUCGUCCCGUUCAUCGAUCGUCCGCAUUAGAAAAUCAAAAGAGAUGCAAAAGUCCUGGCAGAGCGCACAAAGCCGCCGACAAAUCAGCUGUGUGAACGGGGAGGAUAGUGCCAGCAAGGUUCGAGCUUGGCAUUGACGCAGUUUCUUCGGAUCUGUGUCGUUAAUUUUGUGCCCGUUUGGUUUAGUGUGUCGAUUCGAGUAUCAAUAAAACGUACUGUGCGAAACUAGUCCCGUGGAAAGUGAUAUCCGUGCGAAGUGCUGUGCAGAGCAGACAAAGCGGCUCUCGUUGAAAGUGGGUAGUUAAAAAAAACGAAUCAAAACAGAGAGGGGUCACGCCGAAAGUACGCGACAAAAAUGAAUGUCGCAGAAUUUUCCUCGAUGCUUAGCAUCGACGAUAUGCCGUUUGAGAUACUUUGCGACGUGUUUGACUAUUUGCCACUGGCGGACAUUAAAAUGGCGACUCUCGUCUGCCAUCGAUGGAAUCAGAUCAUUUUCUCCGAGCUGUACAUUAAACGGUUCCGGAUGGUUAUCAGCCUGAACGAAUCGCUGGUUCGAUUGAAGCAGAUGGCACAGAUCCUGGAGAAAUCGGAUCGUGACUAUUACAGCAUUAUCCUGAAGGCUAAUUUGGGCAGCCCGUUAACCGAAGCCCGGCUCAAGAUCGUCAAAUAUGUCGUCCGACUGAUUUCCGAGUAUGCCGAAUCGCUUUACUUCAACAUGACGGAUCUUCGGCUGGAGUCGUGCGUUUCCGAGCGGCUGCUUCGCAGUCGAAGGCUGCAGCUGAUCGACACCCGUGCCAAAUAUAUUCCCCUGGGAAUGGGUCUUAAAGAAUCGAUGCUGUCUGCGAUCUGCGAGUAUGCAACCGAGCUGGUGGAUUUGGUGAUUUCCGAUCUGAACAUUAACAAUCCGAAGGCGUUGGAAAAAUUGUCGCAGCUAAGCCAGCUGAAGUUGCUGCUGAUCAGUGACUAUUAUCCUUACGUGAAACCUGUGACCCCUCCGAUCAGCGUCCCCAGCUUGGAGAACCUCACGCUGAUCAACGUGACGGACGAGUCCAAUUUCUACUUCAAGGUGGACAGUUUGAAGCGUUUUUUUAUUCACACCACCGGAACGGAUGCCGAGAGGACGAUGCAGUUUAUAUCGGACAACAUCGUUACCAUCAGUAGGCUGUGCAUUCAUUUCAGCGCACGAGCCAUACAGGCUCAGCCAAUUUUCGAGCAUUUGGAUCGAUUUCCCGCACUGAACACGUUCGAGCUAGGAGGCGUUGCCAUUCCUGUCGAUGCGCUGCGGGAUCUUAAUCCGUGCAAUCGGGUGCAGAAAUUGAUACUGGUCGAGUGUCAUCUGGAAACUCUCUUCCUAACUGAUCUCAACAAAAAGCUACUGUACCUGAGACAGUUGGUUUUGGAUUCGUGUUUACUCUUUCACCGGAAGCAUGGUUUCCAACGGGUUCAGUACGACGAUUUGGAACCGUUGAGAAGGGCGUUGCCUAACCUACAGGUGCUAUUGGAUUACAAUUAAGUCUCGUUCGGGUUAACAAAAAAUUCUUAUUAGCAUUCGACUGAAGAAAUAAAAUUGAAUUUGAAUUUUAUUUGAGAUAAAUAAGUAAAUUUAACCGAUAUUAGGGGCAAUCAUGUUGAAUAGGAUUUUUUUCAUAUUCUAGAAACAUUAAAUAAAGGUUCCAAAACGUUA